AUGAAGAGGAAUCUUUAUCAGAUUGAAGCAGGCACGAUAUUUGUACUCCCUUUGGGAAUAUAUUCCCGUGACGACUCGGAUUUGCGAAUCACAGAGGCACUAGACAAGCUCUUUGCCGUGCCAUUCAAAGUGCCGGCUCUACAUCCGGACCCGCUCGGAGUUGAAACGGCGACGGAGGAAUGGAUCCACUCCGCCUCUCAAGAUGUCAAGAAGCUAUCAAAGGCUGCUGUUAAUGUGAAGUUGGUCAAACGGUACCAUUGA